AGUAGUUUCCCACAAACAUUUCCCUCCAUUUCCUGUUCCUUUUCUGUUGAUCUCUUCUCAAGUCACAAAGAAAUUGUUGAGAGAACUGUUUUUACUUUUUUAUUGAGAAGCAAAUUAUUGCAGAUCAAGGAGGAAGAAAAUGGUAAAAAUCUGCUGCAUUGGAGCUGGAUACGUUGGAGGGCCAACCAUGGCAAUGAUUGCUCUCAAGUGCCCUCUAAUCGAAGUAGCUGUUGUCGACAUCUCGGUUUCAAGGAUUGCAGCCUGGAACAGUGACCAGCUUCCAAUCUACGAACUGGGCCUUGAAGAAGUGGUGAAGCAGUGCAGGGGAAAGAACCUCUUCUUCAGCACUGAUGUGGAGAGACAUGUCUCCGAGGCAGACAUAGUCUUUGUCUCGGUCAACACUCCGACGAAAACCCAAGGUCUUGGAGCAGGCAAGGCUGCAGACUUGGCAUAUUGGGAGAGCGCGGCCAGGAUGAUUGCUGAUGUCUCAAAGUCCAACAAGAUUGUUGUUGAGAAAUCAACUGUACCAGUCAAAACUGCCGAGGCAAUUGAGAAGAUUUUGACACACAACAGCAAGGGGAUCAACUUUCAGAUCUUGUCCAACCCCGAGUUUCUUGCUGAGGGGACGGCAAUCCAGGACCUGCUUAACCCUGACAGGGUCCUCAUUGGAGGGAGGGAAACCCCUGAUGGGCAAAAGGCAAUUCAAGCACUGAAAGCUGUGUAUGCUCAUUGGGUGCCUGAGGACAGAAUCUUGACAACAAAUCUGUGGUCCGCAGAGCUCUCGAAGCUGGCUGCCAACGCCUUCCUGGCACAGCGGAUCUCAUCUGUCAAUGCCAUGUCAGCCCUCUGUGAAGCUACUGGAGCUGAUGUUUCACAGGUCUCCCAUGCCGUCGGCGAAGACACCAGAAUCGGUCCCAAGUUCCUCAAUGCCAGUGUUGGCUUUGGUGGAUCUUGUUUCCAAAAGGACAUACUAAACUUGGUCUAUAUAUGCGAGUGCAAUGGCCUAACUGAGGUUGCAAACUACUGGAAACAAGUCAUAAAGGUGAAUGACUACCAAAAGAACCGGUUUGUCAACCGCGUUGUCUCGUCGAUGUUCAACACGAUUUCUGGUAAAAAGAUUGCCAUUCUUGGUUUUGCCUUCAAGAAAGACACCGGGGACACAAGGGAAACUCCUGCUAUUGAUGUCUGCAAGGGGCUAUUGGGUGACAAAGCAAGGCUGAGCAUUUACGACCCGCAGGUUACCAGGGACCAAAUCCAAAGGGAUCUUUCUAUGAACAAGUUUGAUUGGGACCACCCAAUUCAUCUGCAGCCAAUGAGCCCAACCGCAGUGAAGCAAGUUGGUGUCACUUGGGAUGCUUAUGAGGCGACUAAGGAUGCUCAUGGGGUCUGCAUUUUCACCGAGUGGGACGAGUUCAAGACACUUGAUUACAAGAAGAUAUUCGACAACAUGCGAAAGCCUGCUUUUGUGUUUGAUGGCAGGAACAUUGUAGAUGUUGAGAAGCUGAGGGAGAUUGGAUUCAUCGUCUACUCGAUUGGGAAGCCAUUGGACCCAUGGCUCAAGGAUAUGCCUGCUGUGGCAUGA